AUGAAUCUUAAAAUCGAGGUGUUGGGAUCAAAGGCCCAAUUUGUUCAAUUAGAUUCAAACCUUUUAGUGGAGGAAGCUAUAGAUGCAAUAAUUAAAAAGCUAAAAUUAAAGGAAUAGAAUUAAUAAUUGGGUUUAUAUAUAAAUGGUAUUGAACUUAAGAGAAACACAAGAGUAAUAUAAAAAAAUAUGUUUGCGAAUGAUAUAUUGUAGCUCAGGAAAGUUGAAUAAGUAAAAUAAGUAUAGGGAAUAAAAUUGCGUUUUAAUAAUCAAACAAAAAUCGCCUAUGUCUAUUUAGAUGACUUGAAUAUUGUUUUAUAUGAUUAAGUUGAGAAAUAGUUUUCGUUAAGUAAGGAUUCCUUUAAUCUUACUUUUAAUGAUUAAAUUCUUAAAAAAUAGAUUCCUCUAAAGUUGAAUUAAAUAGACGCAACAUCUAUUGUAGAAGUUAAAACAUAUAACUAAUUUUUAUAAUCAAAGCAAAUGAUAGAGUUAAAACUUAAAUAUUAAAUGGAAUGUAAAAAUUUUUCUUUCGACUUAUAUGGUAAGGUUUUUCAAUUAGAAGAGAGCGCAAAAGCUUUGUUUUAAAUAAAAUAAGACAUUUGUAUUUAAUAUGAUAAAUAAAUAUUGCUUCCGGAUUAAUCGUUGGUUGAAGUUGAUAUAAAUAAAAACAAUUGUCUUUUGAUUCUUCCAAAGGAUUCAUAUUAGCAAUCGUUAUCUUAUGUCAAUAUAGAAAUAGAAUAUAAUGGAUAAUUAUUUCCUUUACAAGUGUCCACCGACACAUUAAUAAACGAACUAAUCAAUCUCUUAAAAAACUAACUUGAUUUGACUAAUAUUGACAUAAUGAAGGGUUAUCAAGUGUUGCCAAUAGAUUAAACAAUCAGUUAAUUAUAUAUUAAAGAAAACAGCAGAUUAAACGUCAUUCCAAAAUAAAAUAACACAUUAAAGUUAGAAAUUCAGAUUCGAAACAAUAUUGAAAAAAUGGAGGUUGAAAAUGAAACAGUGAUAUAAGAACUCAUUGAAUAAAUUGAAUCUAAUUUUUAAUUGCAGAAUAUAGAGUUAAAAUUAAGUAAUGGGUAGAAAUUAUUACUUAAAAACUAAACUUUAAAAUAGUAUAAUAUCCAAAAUGGAACAUUACUAUUAGUGGAAUCUACUUAACAACAGCAAAUUAGGCAAUCGAAUGGAAAUGAUUUCUAUAAUAAUAACAAUACUAUCAAAGUGUCUGUUUUAUAUUAGUAAUAAAGAUUUGAAUAUUAAUUUCUAAAUAAUCAAUUAAUUUAAGAUUUAGAGAAAAAAAUGAGAGAGAAAUUGAAUUGUCCAAACAAAAUUUAAUUAGUUGAUUAAAAUAAAGUCUUAAACUUACAAAAUACCUUUCUACAGGAAGGAAUAACAAGCGGAUGCGUAUUGUAGUGCAAUAUUCUCAUCGACAAAAUUAGAAUAAUUGAAUAGCCAAUAAUGCAAAAAUUGUUUUUAAAACUUAUAAUAUUAUUUUAAAAUUAGCAAAAAGAGUAAAUGCUUGAUGAAAAUACAUAGCUAUAAGCAGUAAUUUAGAGUAUAAAGUAGUAAUUCUCAAUAGAUUAUGAAAUCUAUUUGAAAACAAAAGAUAGAAAUUUAGAUUCAUCAAAAACUCUAAAAGAAAAUUAAAUAAAAGAUAAUACCUAAAUUUUUGUUCAAAAAGCUAUUUUUAAAUUGACUAUUAUUUUUAAGGGUGAAAUGUAGACUUUAGAAGCCACCUAUGAUACUCUAGGAGAAGAAUUACAGCAGUAAAUUAAAAAUUAAUAUCAGAUUGUAGAUGAUUUUGAUUUACUUAUAAAUGGAAAAAAAAUUAAUCCAAAAUAGUAUUUAAAAGAUUAAGGAGUAAAGAAUCAAUAGAUUUUGGAUGUAUAAAUUAAAAAAGGAUAGGGGAUUAAAAUUUUAGAAUAGAAAAAUUUAGAUAAUCCAAAAAAUCAGUAAAUGUAACAAUAAAGUUAGAGUUAAACUGAUUAGAAAUUUUAAAAAGUGUAAUACUAAUAAUCAUAAGAUGGAAAAAUAAAUAAAACAAAUUCAUAAGACAAACCGAAAAUUUCAUCAAAAAUUAUUGUUAGAGAAAUUGUGGAUAUGGAUUAAAAUAGCAAUUUUAAAUCGGAGCAAGUCUUCAUCAAACUCAAAAGCAAUAACUUGAAAGAGAGUUUUGAGUAAAUUAUUGAAAUGUAAUAUGAGACAACAAUUUCAGAGAUAAGAGAAUACUUAAUAGGUAAUUACCAAAUAAAUAAUGAAAUCAAAUUAAUCUUUAAAGGAAAGGAGCUCGAAAACAAUUAAAAUUUGGCGAAUAUUUAAAUCAAAGAUCAUGAAACUAUAUUCGUUGAACCGAAUAGCUAUCAUUGAUAAAUUUAUUAUGCAUAUUAUUUGAAUCAUAUUUAAUUACUAUAAAA